AUGUCUGCUGAAAGUCAUUUGAGAAGAGCAAAUGCGACCCCCGACACAGUCAUCGUGAAGACCGUCGCAGUCGUCAUCAACCCAGCCGACGCAAAGAUGCUAGACUACAGCCCAGCGGCCGGCGCCAUCCUCGGCUACGACUCCGCGGGCACGGUCAUCGCCCUGGGCGCCGACACCCUCGCAGCGGGCCGCCUAGCCGUCAGCGACCCGGUGGCAGGCAUGGUCCUGACGACGCAGCUGGGCCCCAGCGCUCUUUUCAAUCCGGAGUAA